AAAAAGUUUAGUCUCUCAAGGGAAACGAACACGGACAUGCAGUUUGAUGAGCUGAAGCACAUAUCGAUGUAUAAACUACGAAUCUAUGGACUAAUAAACGGAUGAAAUGCGCAGAAUGGAACGUGUAAUGAAAGCGUGCUCUUGAAAAUUUAAUAAGAGAUGAGGCCAUAAUUAUCGGCAACACCCGACUGAUGUUUAUAGCGAAACCAUCCAAUGGAAACGACUGGUUUAAUUCAUCUUUUCUAAACGAAGACUGAUGUUGUCAACACCAGUGGCCUCACAGCGUUGGACGUUUACAGCGUAAAGGAACUCUCUUAGGGCACACCACAUACAGAACUGUGAGGAAUUAAAAGAAUAGCUCGCAUCGACUGGGUUCUUUGUAAUUACCAAAAUGACCGUCAAACUGGAUUUUGAAGAAUGCCUAAAAGACUCCCCGCGAUUCAGGGCAGAAAUCGAGAAGGUGGAGGUCAACGUCAAUGAGCUGGAGACGAGACUCGAGAAGUUGGUGAAACAGUGCCACACUAUGCUGGAUGCAGGCCGUGCCUAUUGCCAGAACAGUAAGAGCUUUGUAAAUGGCCUCAAAGAGCUGGGACACCACUGUUCUGAGGACCGAACCAUGGGGGAAUGUUUAGAAAAGUUUUCUAAAAAGCUGUCAGACAUCGUCACUGCUCAAGAGGAGGUAAUUGAAACCACACAAAAGUCUGUGAAGUUGAAGCUACAGAAUUUUGUGAAAGAGGAUGUGAAGCGUUUUAAGGAUGUACGGAAGGAGUUUGAGCGUAGCAGUGAGAACCUGGAGGCAGCGCUGAGCAGGAACGCACAGGCACCUCGCGGAAAACAGCAUGAGGUGGAAGAAGCCAGCAAUAACCUCCUGAACACACGCAGAGCCUUCAGAUCAGGGGCACUGGACUAUGUGCUGCAGAUUAAUGUCAUUGAGUCCAGGAAGAAGACUGAAAUUCUAAUGGCGAUGCUUUCUCUUAUGGAGGCCCAGGCUUUGUUCUUCCAGCAAGGCUACCAGUCACUCACAGAACUGGAAAGCUACCGCAAGCAACUGAGUGAGGAGUAUACUCAACUAGUCCUGAAUUCUGCAAGAGAGAAAAGGGACAUGGAGCAGAGACAUGGUGCUGUCAAGAAAAAGGAUGUGUCAUAUGAUGACUCCAUAAUGGACUUCAGUCCAGAUGCACCCAAUGGCAUCGCGAUGGAAGGUUACCUGUACAAGAGAGCCAGCAAUGCUUUUAAAACAUGGAGCAGGCGCUGGUUCUCCAUUCAGAAGAACCAGUUGGUUUACCAAAAGAAACAUAAUGAGCAGAUCACUGUUGUUGUGGAGGACUUGCGUUUAUGCACAGUGAAGCCCAGCAGUGAACAAGACAGACGAUUCUGCUUUGAGGUCGUCUCUCCCUCCAAGAGCUGUUUAUUACAGGCUGAUUCAGAGCGACAGCACCAAAGCUGGAUCAGCGCUGUCCAGAACAGCAUCGCCUCAGCAUUCCAGGACAGAAGAGAUGACAAUCUUGGCCCUAGAGAUCGCUGUAGCUCAGUGUCUGCGGGAAGUGUGCGUUUGAGUGCAGGGGAGCCGGAACCGUCUGGUCGGGAGGCUCUGGAGGAGGUGCAGGCCAUCUCAGGGAACGGGCAGUGCUGUGACUGCGGGGAGCCUGGACCCGACUGGGCCUCUAUCAAUCUGGGCAUCACGCUGUGCAUUACCUGCUCUGGCAUACACAGGAGUUUAGGUGUCCACUUCUCGAAGGUACGAUCCCUGACGCUGGACUCAUGGGAGCCAGAGCUCAUCAAACUCAUGUGUGAGUUAGGAAACACAGCCAUUAACAAGAUCUAUGAGGCGCGUAUUGAUGAGAUCACAAUCAAGAAACCCCAUCCCUCUAGUCCAAGACAAGAUAAGGAGUCGUGGAUUCGUUCUAAAUAUGUAGAGAAGAAAUUCAUCCACAAGCUCCCGGAGACUGGUCGAGGAACGGUCCUGCUGCGCUCCAGUGCCCAACGGAACAGAGCAGCCACACAGGACAAACCCAACACACGCCCUGCCCUCAAACCCAAACCCAACCGAGCCACUCUGCCACGACUCACAGGCCUGAACCCAAGUGACAUAAUGAAGAACAAUUCCAGCUCUCAUAAAGAGAAUAAUGAAGAGGAGGAUCUGAGUGGUCUUCAUCCCGGGGCUUUGCUGUAUCGAUCUGCAGCAAUGCAGCAUUUCCCUCUCAUGGCAGACGCUCUGGCGCACGGCGCUGAUGUCAACUGGGUCAAUGUGGCUGAAGACAGCAAAACUCCACUAAUACAAGCCGCUAUGGUUAAUUCCUUGGCAGCCUGUGAGUUUCUCCUACAGAACGGUGCUAAUGUUAACCAGGUGGACUCAAACGGGAGGAGACCACUACAUCAUGCUACCAUACUAGGACAUACAGGGUUGGUGUGUCUGUUUCUUAAGAGAGGAGCGGACUACAAUGCAAAAGACAUUGAUGACAGGGACCCAAUCGGCAUUGCCAUAGAUAAUGCCAACGCUGACAUCGUCACGCUACUCCGGAUAGCCAAGAUGAACAAGGAGAUGCGGGAGAUGGAUGGCACUCCAUCAGGUGAUGAUACCUAUCAUGACAUUUUCAGGGAUUUCUCCCAAAUGGCCUCCAACAAUCCAGAGAAGCUUAAGCGCCGUAGCGCUGACAUGAAAUGAACCACCUGACCACUAGAUGUCAAUGUUACACCAAUACACACACACACACACACACACACACACACACAAUCACACACACACACACACACACACACACACACUCACUCCAGUAGACUAAAUGAAAUGCUGCAUCAUUUGGUUUGUCUGGCAUACAUGAGUGUGGGUCUAAACAUCUGGGUUUUUGCGUAUUUAUCCCGGUUUAGGCUUUAGGAUGUCAUCAGUCAUUUGGUGUUUCCUGUUAGUUAUUUCUUCUUUUCACAGAUGUUCUGUAGCCGAAUAAUUUAUAAUUUGAGCAAGUUUACAUUCCAAAUGGUAUGAAAGCAAGACAACAAGCCAGACUGUAGAGGUGGAGUGGACUUUUCUGUGUUUCUCAUUUAGAUGGCAAUGAAUUUUUCCUCAUUCAGAUGAUUUUCAGUGGACAAGUUGCUUUUCUUCUUUUUAUUCACUAUGUUGUGAGCCACAGUGUUAAUGCAACUUGAAUGUACUUGUUACUUUGGGUGAGAGAUCACUGUUUUCUUGGUUCUCCUGUAUAAUUUUAAUUUUCUUUUCUUUAUAAUUUUAAUUUCUCUUUUUAUAAGAACAACCCGUUUGAAAAUGGUCAAUUGUUGUGUUUUGUGAGCAUGCAAUGUUCUAAACAACAUGUAUAAAUGAAUAACCGUGAAAACGGUAGAAUGUGUAGCGAAAUAAAGAAAUGAUUCAUGACUUAUUAUGCGACUUACAUUUUUGAGAAUUAAAACACCAUUAACACUUAAA